GGCUUGCAGGAGCUGGCCGUGGAGUUCCCGUGAGGUGGAGACCAAGCCAUGACUGGCUCGCUCGCCCCUACCCGCACCCGAAAGAGACGCUUCAAUUCCUGGGCAUAAAUAGGAAAAAGGAGGAAUUCGAGAAAAUCACCACCCCUCCCUCCCUUUCUUUUCUCCUCUCCACCUACCGAAUCCCGUUGCCGGGGUCCUCGAUCUGGUUGGACGGGUGGUAGAUUGGUGGUGGCUCCGUGGCGCUAUCAAUGCGGGUGGAUUUGAGUCCUGCCGGUGGGUGUGCGGAUGGACGCCUGCGAAAUCCAGGCACCAGGAGCAGUGCUGCUGCCGAAAUCUGAGCUGCCGGCGGAGAAGAAUUAUGCUAAUGGCCAAACUGAUGCCGCGGUGAAGCGCAGGGUAGCCGCGAUGCCAGCAGCGGCGCCUACUACUCCGCGGAGGCACCCGUCGCCGAAUGCCGGUCGGGCGUCGUCCCCGACGUCGGCUGGGUCACAGGCGAAGAGGUCUCAGUCCACCGAACGGCGGCCGGCCACUCCGUCGAGGCCGUCUUCCGGCGGGUCGCGGCCGACUACCCCGUCCAGGAUCUCUGCCCCGACGUCGCCAUCGUCUGCGCCUUCCAGCCCGUCGUCCUCAUCGUCCAGCUCGUCGACGCCGGUGCGUGAUACCGUUUCAGAAACGCAAAGUGCUCCGAGGAAGUUGUCUGGUAGCCGGGCUCCUGAUGGGUUGUGGCCGUCAAUGCGGAGUCUGUCUUCUUCUUUCCAGCUCGAAUCAAAGGGGAAAAGGAUCACUAGCAGCUCUUCUGCAGAUCAGGCCAAGAUGAGGGAUGCAGCUCCAGCUGAUAGGAAGAGGAACCCGUCGAGAGGGAGAGCUAACCCUGAGCAAUCGGAGAAUCCACAUGCCAAGGUGAUUGAUCACCAUCGCUGGCCUGCUAUGAUGGGGGGCAGGGUGUCUGCAAUCGCAAUGUCUAAGAGCAUGGAUCUCACUGAUAAGAUUAGUAGGUCUGCUCUUCCAUCAGUUCCAUCACGAGGGGUUUCACCAAAGAGAACAACAAUGUCCUCUGCUGCAAAUGCACUGUCAAGAAGUAAUGAUCUUGCUGAUAAAAUUGACCGCUUGGUCUCUUCGUCAGUGUCAUCACGAGGGGGUUCACCAAGAAGAUCAGCUGCUCUUAGUGGUGCAAAUGAUGUGUCCAAAAGCAUCAGUGUUGGUAAAGAUCUCAAACCUGCAUCCGUGACAAUUUCAUCAAGAAGGGCGUCACCAAUAAGAACAGCUGCAUCAGAGAGCAUGGAUCUUACUGAAAAUGAUAACAGCACACUCUCCUCAUCAGUUUCAUCACCCAGCAUUUCACCAAGUGCGUCGGUAUCAAGUGUGUCUAAUGCUGCAUCGCAGACUACUACAAAAUCAUCUGAGAGACUAAAUGGACCCAUUACGAACCCGUCUUCAUCAAGAGGACUUUCACCUAGAAGAACAACUUCUGGUGGCAUUGGUACUCUAUCGAAAAGUGUUGAUUUCCCUGAAAAAGAUAGGAGACCAGCUUCAUCAAGAGGGACUUUACCAAGAAGGCAACUCACUUCUGAUGGUGUUAAUGAUAUUGUGAGAAAUAUGGAUUUCGCUGAAAAGGACAGCAGAGUAGUCAGCUCGUCAAUUCCAUCUCGAGGGGUUUCUCCAAGGAGAAGACUUGCCUCUGAUGGUGUCGAUGCUAUAUUAAGGAGCACAGAUUUUUCUGGAAAGGAUAACAGACCAUCCACCUCAUCUUCUGCAUCACGUGGGAUUUCUCCACGAAGAAGGCUUGCUUCUGAUGGCAUCAGUGCUGUAACCAAAGGCAUGGACUUUGCUGAUAACCCUAACAGACCAUCAGCUUCUUCAGCAGCAUCACGGGGGAUUUCACCAAGACCUCAAUUAGCCUCUGAUGGAGUUGCCACUGUAUCAACACCCUCAGAUCUUGCUGAUAGACAUGAUAGACCAUCAACGUCGUAUGCAGCAUCACGAGGUAUGUCACCACGACGCAGGCUUGCAUCUGAUGCCAGCAAUGCCACUUCAGAAAGAAUCAACUUCACUGAAAAGGAUUCUGGAACUGUAUCCUCUUCAGUUGCACAUAGAGGGGUCUCAACAUUAAGACGGCUUUCCUCUCAUGGUGUUGAAACUAUGUCAAAGAGUAUGGAUGUUGUUGAGAAAGAUACCAGACCUACCACCUCCUCAGCUGCAUUACGAGGGUUUUCACCAAGAAGACGACUUGCCUCAGAUGGUGUCAAUGUGAUCUCGAAGAACAUGGAUCUUGUUGAAAACAGUAACAAACCUGUCACCAUGUCAGCUGCAGCACGAGGGGUUUCACCAAGAAGACGGCUCGCCUCAGAUGGUGUCAAUCUGAUCUCAAAGAACAUGGACCUUUUUGAAAACAGUAACAAACCUUUCACCAUGUCAGCUGCAGCACGAGGGGUUUCACCAAGAAGACGGCUCGCCUCAGAUGGUGUCAAUGUGAUAUCAAAGAGCUUUGAUCUUGUUGAAAAUAGUAAUAAACCCGUCACGGUGGCAGCUGCAGCACGAGGGGUUUCACCAAGAAGAUGGCUCGCCUCUGAUGGUAUAGAAUCUAUAUCAAAGAGCACAGACUUUGCUGAAAAAAGUAUCAGACCUUCAACCCCAUCAAUGGCAUCACGAGGGGUUUCGCCAAGAAAGCGGCUGACCUCUGAUGGUGUCAAUGCUAUAUUGAAGAGCACAGAAUUUGCUGAUAAAAACUGUAGACCAUCUUCCUCAUCAGCUGCUUUACGAGGGGUUUCUCCCAGAAGCAGAUCUGCCUCAAAUGCCAUAUCAACAGGCAUGAAUUUUGCUGAAAAAGACAGCACACCAUCCACCUCAUCGAGUGCAUCAUGUCAGACUCUGCAGAACAGUAGGCUUCAAUCUGAUGGUGUUAAUACCCUAUCAAAAGAUGUGGAAAUCUCAUCAACUGUAUCUGACUGCACUUCAGACAGUAAACACGAUGACACUGAUGCUCUAGUAAAAGGCAUAGAUGUCACUGAGAAAAUUACUGUGCCAAUGCAAGAUGGUGGUGAUGGCGAUGAUCCAGGAAGGAUGGAUUCUACUGACAUAGGUGCAGGUGCAGUCUCGUCAUCCAUUGCAUCUCAGGACAGAUCACCGAGCAGACCUGUUAUUGAUGACGUUAAGAAUACAUCAGAGAAUGUUGAUGCAGCUCAAAAGGGUACCAGAGCAAUCUCAGUGAAGAUUCCAUCUCGAGGUGCUUCUCCAAGAAGGCGACUUGCAUCCGAUUGCAUUGAUACUAUAUCUAAAAGCAUGGAUUUUACUGAGAAAGAUAAGAAACCUAUGGCAGUGUCAGUUCCAUUACGUGGAAUGUCACCAAGAAGAACAGCAAGAUCUGACAGUGCUAAUGUAAUGUCAAAGAGUAUGGAUUUUGCUGAUAAAUGUAAUGGACCAAUAUCUUCGAUGGUUCCUUCACGAGUGGUUUGUACAAGAAGAGUGCUAGGACCUGAUGGUGCUAAUGCAAUGUCAAGAAGCAUGGAUCUAACUGAUAAAAUCAGACAGCAAAUCUCUUCAACUGUGCAAUCAUCCAGAGCUUCACCAAGGAAAAUGCCUCUUGCUUAUAACAGAGUAAAAGUCCCUGAAGUUUUGUCAGGUGAUGUUGAGAGCCCUGCUUCUAUUGAUGGAAGUGAAAGUCAAGAGGAGAAUGCCAGUUCAAGUCCAGAUGCUCCUUCAAAUAAUUCAGAAAAAUUUACACCUCCAAAGCGGUUAGCUAGGACAUCGUCUUCACCAUCUCGUGUUCUAAUACGCCCUUCGUCACCAUCCAAUGCUUCAUCAACAUCAUCAUUUGCCUCUAGGAGAUUACCAAGCCCAUCAAGGACUAGACCCUCAACACCUGUCUCACCAUGUAGUUCUGCCAGAUCUGAUUCGGCCUCUUCUAUUCUUAGCUACAUUGGUGAUGCUACACGAGGGAAGAAGAGCCCAGCACACAUGGAAGAUGCCCAUCAGUUGCGUCUCCUGCAUAAUAGGAACUUACAAUGGCGUUUUACCAAUGCUUAUGUUGAUGAAAUGCUAUCAAUUCAGAAAAUGAGUGCUGAGACUAUGCUGUACAGUGUGUGGGAUGCUAACUCAAGGAUGUGUGACUCUAUGGUUAUGAAAAGGAGCUAUGUACAAAGACUACGGCAGGAGGUCAAAUUGGGGGUAGUAUUGAAGGAGCAAAUGGAUUACCUCGACAACUGGGCAGCACUGCAAACAGAGCAUUCUUCUUCUUUAUCCAGCGCAACUGAAGCUCUUAAAGCAAGCACAUUGCGUCUUCCAGUUUCAGGAGGAGCUAAGGCCGAUGUACUUACUGUUAAGAAUGCUGUCAGUUCAGCAGUUGACAUCAUGCAAGCAAUGGGGUCAUCCAUUUGCCAUUUGCUAUCAAAGUUACAGGGUACCCACACUCUGGUUACAGAACUUUCAGCUGUUGCUGCUAAAGAAAGUACCUUACUUAAUGAGUACAGAGAACUCUUGGCAACAGCAGCAGCACUACAGGUUCAAGAGUCCAGCCUAAGGACACAGCUCAUACAACAAACAGAGUGAACAGGUUAAGGUCCUGUAUGUCUAACUAGGAAGAUAGAGGUAAACACUAUUCAUUAGUUUCAGUAACUGUACGGUGCAUAUGUGUAUCUUUGAUGUCAUUUUCCUUUUCCUUUCCCCCUUCCUUUUUUCACAUAUUAGCUAGCCCCAUAUUUUAUUUCA